CCGCUUUCGCUUUCCGGAGGACAGCGCUGGUCAGCGGCAGCAUGGCCUGGGGACUCCUACUAAAGCUCCUUGUGGUUGUCUUAAUUACUGAAUCACAGUGCAAAAAUUAUACUGAAGCUCUAAUACACACAACAGAAAAAGUAAUUACAGGCAGGAUCAUUGCUAAAAGGGAAAUAAAGUGCAACUGGGAUGAAUACAAUUUAGGUGUCAAGUGUUGCAAGAAAUGUGAUCUCGGUUUUGUUAAAAAUACCAGCUGCCCAACAGAUACUAGCAAGCACUGUGUUCCAUGUGAAAACGGAAAGGAGUACAUAGAUCAUGUCAACGAUUUGGAAGAGUGUUUGAGAUGCUCUUCAUGUGACAGGACAUUUGGUUUGGAGGUUGCAAAGAACUGUACCCCAGCUCAGAACACAGAAUGCGUCUGUGCAAAGAACCAUUUUUGCAAUUCUUCUCUACCAUGUACACACUGCGAUGCAUGUACCAUAUGUGAAAGUGGCAUAAUUAAAAAACAAUGUACUUCAACUUCAGACACUGUGUGUGGAACCCAAGGAAUGCCGGGGUGGGCCAUUGCUUUGAUAAUUCUAUUACCACUACUACUGAUAAUAGCUGGAGUAGUAUCAUUUUGCUACAAGAAACAGAAGUGUCAUACUAGCAAGCAGAACCCAGGUGAAAUAGUCUCCAAAGAGGCUUCUUACACUGCACCUCUCAUAUAUGCAGAUGUUGACUUGAGCAGCCAUGUUGCUGCUAUUGUGGAGGAGAUGACACUCCCACAAGUCAAGACGUUCGUUCGUAAUCAUGAAGUACCAGAACCUGUCAUAGAUCAAACUGUUCGGGACUAUGCGUAUGAUACAUCUGAACAGAAGAUUAAGCUGUUUGAAGUCUGGUAUCAAAGACAUGGGAUAAAAGGAGCCUAUGGAGACCUAAUAAGCAGCCUGAGACGUUUUAAGAUGUGCACUGCAGCUGAUAAAAUUGAGGAAAAACUGAAGUCAGCUGUUUCCAGCUGUCAGGAAGGUGGACAGUCUUAUAAUGAGGAUACUGAGCAAAGCAAAACCUGCACUCAGGAAAGCAGAAACUCCUAUGAUAACAGUGCUGAACUGAGUCAAACCUAUUCUGGUAGUCUGGAAGAGACAUAGUAUAAAGUCAUUUGAAAAAUAUUUCUGACUGAAUUUGUAUUUUUCUUAUAAUAGCAAAGCUUUUAAAUGCCAUUUUCAUUGACAGCUUCAUUCAAGGAAGUUACAUGAACAAGGAAUAAUGAUGAUUUUGGUAGCAGUUUCUUUCCUGUAGAAAAAGCUUUUGCUUUUUUUUUUUUUUUCUAGUUAAGAACUGGGAGGAAAAUUUUUAUGGCUUGUUUACUAAAAGGCACAAUGCAAGAGUCCAGCUAUAGGAUUCACUACAAGAAGAAAGAAGAAACAGUUGUUACUUGAAGAAAAGGUUUAGUAUGUAUGUAUGGCACUGCAUUACUUAGUCAACGUAAUGUUUUGUUUACAUUAAAAUUGCACAGUGUUGCAGUUUUUAAAGUGAAAAUUCUGGUGUUAGGAAUCUAUGAAGUGUACAAGGAAGAAUUCUUGAACAAAAUAAAAUUUAAAAUAUACACCUUGUUAAUUUUUAAUAUAGGUGUUGCUGUAUAAUUAAAUUCUACUCUGUUGUAAACGGGAUUUCUCUGCUGUAUAAAAGCACCUAUGUGUGUGUGUGUGUACACAGCCUUUUGUAUAUGUGUGUAUAUAUGUGCAAGUUUUCUAUGCAAAAGCUCCCAAUGCAAAAUAAAAAUUACUGUUUCAUUUGUUCUCUGCAA